UCUCCCGACCAUCCCGACCCCGACUGCGCAGCUUUCGCUUUCGUCGGCUUUGCUAUCGCGCCUGUCGCGUCUGCAGACGAGUUCGUUUGUUGUUUCAAAAUGUAUGCAUUAUCUGCGACGUGGUAAUGUGGUUUAGAUAGUACGAAUGAUAGUAUGAAUGAUAUGCCGGCGUCCCUUUCUCCCUGUUAACUAUGCCGAAAAGAUAUCGACAAUGGUUGUUCGACGACAAUGUUCCGAAACCACGCACGACGAAGUUCAGGCACGAAAGAAGCGCCAGGAUGUCGUCGCUUUCCUCGGAGCUUGAGCAUGCACCACCGACUGGUGACGAAGGACCGAGCGAAGCUCCCGGUGAGGGUGGCAGCGAAACAUCAGGUGACGAGGAUCGGCAAUCAGUGUGGGAAAGUGGACAGGUGGACUGCGGAGCAGGAAGCAGCAUGGACGACACAAAUAUAGGCGCACAUAGAAGUGAUACCCCCAGACAACAAGAGGGCUCUCUUGAAUGGGCAAAUAUUACAGAGAGCUCUUCCACUGACACAAGUGAUGACGACAGUGCUUCCAUGACAGAAGAUGUUGCGAAAACAGAACUGGAUGAGCCGCUUUACCCUGGAUCACGGAUCACUAGAGGAGAAAGCUUGGUCCUGAUUUUGGCACACAGCCUUCGCCACGGCGCAACAAAGGAGGCGACAGAAAGUGCCUUAAAGCUUCUUGAAGCCCACCUGCCUGAGCAUGCUGCAUUACCAACAUCCAAGUACCUUUUUUUCAAAGAGUUUUUGUCCAGCCAUCAAACGAUGUCUUAUCACUUUUACUGUCCAAAGUGCCUUGAAUACCUUGGUAGCAGGGAGGAGGAACCACUUCGCUGCAACACAUGCUCUGUGGAGUUUGACAUGAACACGCUGACUAAGGAGUUCAGCUAUUUUCUUUCUUUUGAUAUUGGUGAGCAAGUGAAAGAAAAGCUUUCAGCCCCUGAGCUUGAUUUUAAGCAGUUGUCCAGGUCUCUUGCUUUUGAUGUGGGCGAAAUCACAACAAGCAAAGGCUAUCACGACUUACCAACUUGUGACAAUGACUUAUCAGUAACCUGGAAUACAGAUGGUGUACCCCUGUACGAAUCCUCAGGCUACAGUAUAUGGCCACUGUUGCUACAGAUCAACGAACUGCCCCACACACUCCGCUCAAAACACAUGCUCCUGGCAGGGCUAUGGUUCGGACCAAAGAAGCCAGUCAUGAAUACCUUCCUAAAGCCUUUCGUUCAUCAAAUGAACAUCUUAUCAAGUACUGGGAUUGUUUGCGUAGACUCUCAGGGAAAUUCAAAUACAAUUCGCAUCUUUCCUGGUCCAUGUACCGUGGACACAGUAGCCAGAGCCAUGGUCAUGAACAUGAACCAGUUUAAUGGUUCACAUGGCUGUGGCUGGUGUGUCCACGGAGGUGAAGUUGUGCCAAAGGGGCAUGGCCAUGUGCGUGUGUACCCCAUUGUGUCACCCCAACCUAGUGCUAGAACGCACCAGUCCUUUCUGGACUGUGCUUCUGAUGCUGAGGAGUCUGGAGAACCUACAUGGGGCAUAAAGGGUCAGAACAUACUGUUUUUGUUGACGUUCUUUUCAUUUCCAGCAAGUUUUGUCGUUGACUACACGCAUGCUGUUUGCUGUGGCUUUGUGCGGCAAACAACAUGCAUGUGGUUUGACACCAGAACAGCCUUUUCCUAUAGCAUUGGGUCUCUUGUCAGUGAAGUUGACAGACGGCUUCAUGAUUUUCUCCUUGCCAAUUGA